GUCAAAAUUCAAAUAUAAGUGGAUGAGCUGGAUGAGUGAAUGUUCGCGCGCGCAAUUAGCUCACGGUGUUUUGUUUUUGUGCAUUAUUUUCACUUAGCUCAUUGAAGAUUUAUGUUUAAAUAGUUCAACAGUGAAUUAAAUAUUGCCAAUAGCUUUUUAGGGAACUAUUUGUGUUACUUUUGGGAAAAUUUAAAAUGUCAAUAUUAGCAGAUAUCGAUGCAACUUGUUCUUCGCUCGGAUGGUAUGAUGGAACCAAGUAUCACAUCGAACUAGAUGUAACUCAAGGCUUAAAACAUCUAGUUUGGAUACUUAAACGCGAUGGAGUGGAUCACGAAUACAGGCGGUAUAUAGGACAAAAAAAAGUUAUGCAAACCGAUCUGAUUCCAAUGUUGAGCCACUUUGAAAACUCAAAGGUUGCAGAUGUGUUAUUGCGUUUGAUUGUGAAUCUGACAUAUCCUCCCUUUCUAUUGUAUCACGGAAAUUAUCCCAAAGUAGCCGCGGACAGACGUAAACUUAUGCAUUUGCGGGAAAUUUAUCAAAGCUAUAAAGAAGCAUUUGCUGUUCAACACGCAUGGACAGACGUUGCAGAUUGCUUGCAGAAAAUUCUGAAUAUUGAUUGGGCGGAACGGACUGAAGAACAAGAGCUAAUAGUAGAACGUAUUCUUACGUUAACACGGAACGUUUUACGGGUACCACCUAACGUUGAAAGAGAAAAACGAUCUGAUAAUGACGCGAGUUUGCAUGAUCAGCUUUUGUGGGCUUUGCAUCAGGCCGGUGUACUAGAUUUAAUACUUUACAUUCUUGGAUCUGAACAUGAACAUCAAUACCAUCUACAUGCCUUAGAAAUCGUAUCCUUAGUUUACCGAGAACAAUCAGCUUCCAAUUUGGCUGGUGCUUCGCAACAACGUGAUAAAACCGGAAUACAGCGUGUUGAGCAAGAUUUAACUAUGAUUAGAAAACAUGAAAAAGCCUCACACAAAAUUCGAGUACCAACCGUUCGACAUUCGCUGUUUGGCGGCACUUAUGUAUUACAAAAUUUAAAAUCUACUUCCGAUAAUGAAUUAGUUUGCCAUCAUUCACUGCAUAAGGCGUUGGAAAUAAAUUUUGACUCAGAUAAAAAAAAGAAUAAAAAGUCUUUUCGGCACGUACAUGAAACAGGAUCAGUAGAGAGAAAAAGCGCUUAUUCAGUUCGUUUGUUUCUUCGUGAAUAUUGUAUUGAGAUAUUGCGUUCAUCCUUUAAUAACAUUGUACGACAAACGCGAAGAAUCCUGGAAAGUGCCGUCAAGGAAGCAGGUGGUGGACACGAUGAUUCGUAUCUUUUGUGGGCGAUACGUUUUUUUAUGGAGUUCAACAGAGGAUGCGGUUUUAAACUUGACCUUGUCAGUGAAUCGCUAAGUGUACAGUGCUUCCACUGGAUUAUAACUCGUGUUGAAUACUAUGUAGACAUGAUUAGGUCGGAUAAAACUCAUGCCCGCCUAUGGUCACGUCGGCUACACGUUGCUGUACAGGCUUAUCGUGAGAUGUUACAAAGUUUGCAAGCGCUGCAGAUGCUCCCGGAUGCAAAAGCGAAGGAUUUAUUUCUGAUGCUACAAAACAACAUUUUCUACGUACUCGAGUAUCGGGAAAUAAUCCUACAUUUACUCAUUGGUUUCAACGAAACUAACAAUACACGGGCCUACUUAUACGAUGUAAUUGAGACAGCGCACUUGUUUUUGAAAAUGUUGGAAAAGUACUGUCAGGGAACUGUGCGUGUUCAGAGUAAGCAACGCUUCAAACAAAGACGAAAUAAAACCAACACAGCAGUAAAACAAAAAGAACAUGAACCCGAUGCGGAAGCUCUUGAGGAGAUGUGGUUAACAAUGGCAGGUCAAAUUUCAACAUGUCUAGUUAACCAGAUUACUCUACCAGAAGAAGAUCAUCCAAUUCCAUUCGACGCUGCCUCGGAUAUAUCCAUCGACGAUCAAAAGGGUGCAUGUAUGAUAAGGAUUCACACGCUGUUGCGCGACGGAAAAUACGAACAGGCAAUUAUUUUGUUGAGAUCCGGCAGGGAAAUUUGGCCUGAAAACGAUUUCUUCGGAUCGGCGCUAUCUGCUCCAGAGGAUGAACUGAUGAUUUUGAAAGAAAUCUUCUUAGCAAAUCUGCCACGGGUUAAAGAUAAAGAACUUGAAUCACAACUCGAUCCCAUCGAGGAAAGAUACGACGAAGAUUAUGAAGAAGAAGAUAAUCAGAAGAUUAAGGAAGCUGAUUUCAAAUUCGAGGACUUUGCAAACAGAUUGUUGAACCCGAAAGUGGUACGUUCUUGUACCAUAGCACUGAUGGAUUGGAAGCAAAUUGAAACAUCAUCGUUGAAAGCUGCCGUCACGAUUCUUCACCGAAUCGCUGUUGGAUGCAAAAUGCCAGCCAUGCUAUUCCAAGCGUCACUGUUCCGAAUAUUUCAGCGCGUAUUUAACUCCCCCAAGGAUGCUCACCAACUUGAACUGCGACGACUCGGCGUUUAUAUCGUUCAGAAGUUUACCACCCUGGCUGCUAGUAAUCCGAAAAUCUACGCCGAGCUGCUCUUCUACAAAUCGAUUAAGGAAGCAAACGCUAUCGAAAUGGGAUAUGAGGAUAUCUACGGGAACAAUCUUGGCACUGGUGGGGGUUGUUUGAAGGGUGCCUGGAGCGAAGAACAAGAAGAAGAGCUCCGACAAUUGUACUUGGAGAAUCAAGCAAACCCGGCCACCGAUCAAGACGUCAUCGAUUGGAUAUUGGAUAACCUCAUUGACAAACACCGCACGCGUCGAACCGUUAUCAAGAAACUCAAAGAACUUGGGCUCAUAUUCAAAGCGCCAACUAAAAAAAGUAAUGCUAUGGCUCUCAAUAAAAAUCUAUGGACACAAGAACAAGACGAAAAAUUGCGAAAAUUGUACGACGAAUACCGGCUGAAUGAAAAUGUGCUUUCAAUUAUUGUCAGUGAAUUUGAUGGUGUGCGUUCAAAGCAGUCUAUACUGAAUCGAAUGGUUACAAUCGGUCUUAUUGCGGAUAAAUCGGAAAUUAAACCUAAAAAAUCUAGAUCAAAGAACGAUGCAUUAAGUGACUCAGAGUCCGAGUCGGAUAAUGAUUUUUCAGAAUACAAACCUGUAAAGUCGCAAUCUAGAUUCGCUGUCCCAAAAUUGAGCAUAUUAAAUAAUAAACGUUUCCACGUUCUUUUGAAGGAGCUAGAGGGUUCUUUCAAAGAAGCUAUAGAAUGGCUAGCUGAGUCGUUUUCUGAAGCCUAUGAGGAUUAUCAAGACGACUCUGAAGACCGUGACGAUGGAGUGCCACUUGUGCCGAUCAUGCAAUUCCAACGAGAAGCUUUAGAUAACACUCAGUUUAAAAAUCUACUGACUGAGCUAGGACUUGAAGCCCCAAGCGAAAAUGAAGCGUACUGGCGCAUUCCAGCUACAAUGGACCGAAUUGAGCUCGAUUUGCGCGUUAAACUGCUCAACGACAGCGACUAUCUUCACAUUGAUUCAGUGGAGUGCGAUAUAGAUCGUAAUGAAGAACGACUGUUUGACACUGAUAUUAUUGCGAAUCCCGAUUACAAUAUGGAAGUGGAAGAACAAGGACUGUCUGAGGAUAUGUUAAGCUCGUGGCGAAACAAGACAAACUUAUUGUAUAGCAGGAGCGACCUAGAUGUCGGAAUGCGUGAGCCACUGAAAAAUAAAAGCAGUAAAAAAAAUCCGUCGGUCACCUCGAACAGCAAUAAAACCAACACCAGAAAGAAUAACACCAAUAAAAUUAAAAAAAAAUUCAACCUGAUUGAGUGGUUGAACGAAAGUGAUGACGAGUUCGGGAAAUCUUUACUAUUAGAUAAACAUGUAACAAGCAAUACUGAAGAUAAUGAAAAUUCAGAUCAAAUCAGAUCAAAUAAAAAAGCAAAAUCACACAUAUUGUUGCCUUCCGACUCGGAGUCGGAUAAUGAGCAGUUGCGGCUAUUUAUCUCGGAAAACGACAGCGACGAUGGAGAAGAUCAUAUUCACGAUAGUGGCCGUGGAGCUACAGCUGCACGCAUUAAGCGUAUACGGUCGGACGAUUCAGAUACAGAUAGCAAUGACCACAUUCAGAAGUAUUCUAAACAACGACGUCGUGUUUUGGUAAUUGACGACCAGGACGAUUAGCGAUUUGAUAUAUAGUCUAAGUAUUAUGGUGUGAUUCUUUUUUCUUGAUGUAAAUGAUUUAAUGUAUAAUUCGAUAAAACAAAAACGUCGGCAAAAAAAAAUCACAAAAAUAUAAAAGUUUUGUAACGAGUGAUUAAAAUAAAGAUUUACUUAGUUAAAACAUUCGACAAGCGUUCAAUUUCGUGUUCGAUCGCCCCAUUGGUGACCCGCGACGUCGCGAACAUUGAAAUUUCGCGAUUUUACCUCGUCAUUCGUGUUGUUAGUUAAACGCAAUAUCUAACCUUAACAUGGCGAAUGCAAACGAAAACCACAUCACGGCGUCUAUCGCUAUUAAAUU